AUGUGCGAGGUCCCUCCCUGCCUGACGGCGUCCUUGUCACCCUACCAGGUCAUUCACUGGAACUCCCCCAAGAAGCUUCGGGUGAAGAACAAGCACGUGGAGUUUUUCCGCAACCUCUACCUGACCUUCCUGGAGUAUGACGGGAACCUCCUGAGGCGGGAACUAUUUGGCUGCCCCAGUGAAGCUGAUGUCAACAGUGAAAACCUGCAGAAGCAGCUCUCUGAGCUGGAUGAGGACGACCUGUGUUACGAGUUCCGGCGGGAGCGUUUCACCGUCCAUCGCACCCACCUGUACUUCCUGCACUACGAGUACGAGCCUGCUGCAGACAACACGGAUGUCACCCUGGUGGCUCAGCUCUCCAUGGACAGGCUCCAGAUGCUGGAGGCCAUCUGCAAGCACUGGGAGGGGCCCAUCAGCCUGGCCCUCUACCUGUCGGAUGCCGAGGCCCAGCAGUUCCUCCGCUAUGCACAGGGCUCCGAGGUGCUCAUGAGCCGCCACAACGUGGGCUAUCACAUCGUGUACAAGGAGGGUCAGUUCUACCCCGUGAACCUGCUGCGCAACGUGGCCAUGAAGCACGUCAGCACCCCCUACAUGUUCCUGUCUGACAUCGACUUCCUGCCCAUGUACGGGCUCUAUGAGUACCUCAGGAAGUCUGUCAUCCAGCUUGACCUCGCCAACACCAAGAAAGCAAUGAUCGUCCCUGCAUUCGAGACGCUGCGCUACCGGCUCUCUUUCCCCAAGUCAAAAGCAGAGUUGCUGUCAAUGCUGGACAUGGGGACUCUGUUCACGUUCAGGUACCACGUCUGGACGAAAGGCCACGCACCCACAAAUUUCGCCAAGUGGCGGACUGCCACCACACCUUACCGGGUUGAGUGGGAGGCCGAUUUCGAGCCAUAUGUUGUUGUGAGACGUGACUGCCCUGAGUACGACCGGAGGUUUGUGGGCUUUGGCUGGAACAAGGUGGCCCAUAUCAUGGAACUAGAUGCACAGGAAUAUGAAUUCAUCGUGCUGCCCAACGCCUACAUGAUCCACAUGCCUCAUGCCCCCAGCUUCGACAUCACUAAGUUCCGUUCCAACAAGCAAUACCGCAUCUGUCUCAAAACCCUGAAGGAAGAGUUUCAGCAGGACAUGUCCCGCCGCUAUGGCUUUGCUGCCCUGAAAUAUCUCACGGCCGAGAACAACAGCUAGCAUCAA